AUUUACCUCCACCCACGGGGAAGCGAGACGAGCGGAGUUCGAAGCGGAAGUCAAACUGGUGCGAGAACUCUGUGAUCAGCGACACGGGCGGCCGUAUUGCACUCGCGCUGAAAGUAGCUGGAGGAACUGAGACAGACCCACGCUGCCGACAAAGAGGUCGUAUUUGCGAGCGUCGGACCGAGCGAGCCCCUUGACCGCGGACACACACACACACACCUGCAGGAACCCGUCAGAGCGGAGUAACCCGACCCAGCGCCAGCAGCACCAUGAGCGGCCAUUACAGCGUCUCCCUGGCAGGCCCCGCCCCCUGGGGCUUCAGACUGCAGGGGGGGAAGGACUUCAACAUGCCCCUCACCAUCUCCAGGCUGACAGACGGGGGCAAGGCGGCCAAGGCCAGCAUCGCCGUGGGCGACCUGGUGCUGUCCAUCGACGGCAUCGCCACCGAGGGGAUGAACCACCUGGAGGCCCAGAACAAAAUAAAGGCCUGCGCCGGCAACCUGGAGCUCUCCUUGCAGAAAGCUUCAAGCGUGCCAAAAGUUACUGAGGUGGUCAAGGACCUGCCCCCGGAGAUCAUAAAGCCGGUGCCCAUCACCCAGCUGCCCCCGCCCGCCGCCCCCGCCCCCGCCAGCACCGGCCCCAGCCCCGCCUACAACAAAACCGCCCGCCCCUUCGGGGUGCGGAGCGGUGGCGCCCCCCCCACCGCCCCCAAAGUGGCCUCCAUCCCCUCCGCCUCCUCUGCCUUCACCCCCGCCGCCCCCGCUCACCCGCCCCCUCCCCAGCCCCCCUUCCCCCUGGCCAGCUCUUCCUCCUCCCCUUCUCCUUCCUCCUCCUCCGCCUCCUCCUCCUCUCCCGGGAGAGUGACGGCCCCCCCCUCCGUCCCCCCCGCCGUCCCCGCCGUGCCCCAGCCCUCUGUCUAUAACACGCCCAUCCAGCUCUACUCCAAUGAGAACGCCUGCGAGGUGGCCAUGGGCCAGAGGCGGGGCCUGCUGGAGAACCAGGGUGGAGCCGUGCAGCAGAAUGGGGUGCCCAGGAGGCCCAUCGUGGAGACGGACAUCCACUUCUACCACGUGCCGUCCCACGGGGACGCCAGCAAGAAGCGUCUGAUGGAGGACACGGAGGACUGGCACCCCCGCACGGGCACGUCCCAGUCCCGCUCCUUCCGCAUCCUGGCACAGAUCACGGGCACGGGCGACGGGCAGCCGGAAGGACUGGACAGCGAAGGCGGGAAAAAACAGCCCCAGACAGUCAGUGGACAGGUCAGCCCACCUGUACGAAAGGGCACGCCCUCAGAGCUGAGCUCGGGUGUGGCGCCGGCUCAGCUGUCCAAUGGCGUGGAAGAGGAAUCCGCCGCGACGCCACGGACUCGUCACGCGGUCGGCACGCAGACCGACGCCCCGCUCGAGGAGACGCAACUCGGCAGCCUGCUGUCAGUAGACUCCACCCCCAAUUCAGGACAGCCAGCAGGCCCCGCCCCUUCCCUACAGUCCACAGACUUUGCCCCUUCCCUACAGACCACAGGCUCCUCCCCUUCCCUACAGUCCACUAGCUCUGCCCCUUCCCUACAGUCCACAGGCCCCGCCCCUGCCCUACAGACCACAGGCUCCUCCCCUUUUCCAUUGCAGACAGCUGAUCCUGCUCCAGCACAGACGCAUGGCAUCAUUUCCGAUGCCCCUCCCACUCAGCCACACGCCCCUCCUCCAGUUACUGAAAGACGGCCGGAAGGGGCGGUCUCUCCGUCCCUAUUGGACGCCCUCCUCAUCUCCCCCGUGUUCCGGGCCCCGCCCCUUAGACUCAGGAAGAAAAAGCGUCGGACGAAGAGCGCCCUCCAUCUGCAGAAGAUGAAGAGUGUCUCCUGGCACCAGUCAGUCACUGAUCUCAGUGACCCGGCUCUCUCCUCUCCUGUAAGUGCAGUCUAUAUCCUUAGUGACCUCACAGAGGAGCCCAGCUCUCCGGCCGUGAAGACCAUGACCAAAGCUCCGACCGGCGGCCUGAGGAACACUAACUCCGCCCCCGCCACCACCUACAAGCCCCCCACGGCCCUGGGCGCUGUGUUCCCCAAGCCGGGCGCCCAGAUCGGACACGUUGCCCCCGCUUUCGGGUCAGUGACCAACAGCUCCGCGAAGGUCCCGGUCCCGGCGCCAGACCGCCCCGCCCCGCGGCCGCACCCCAAAGACGAGGACUCCCUGGUGCAGCGGGCGGAGCACAUGCCUGCUGGGACCCGCACGCCCAUGUGCGGCCACUGCAACAUGGCCAUCAGGGGCCCCUUCCUGGUGGCCAUGGGGAAGUCCUGGCACCCCGAGGAGUUCACCUGCGCCCACUGCCACGGCUCCCUGGCGGAUGUGGGCUUCGUGGAGGAGCGGGGCGCCGUGUACUGCGAGCACUGCUACGAGGAGUUCUUCGCCCCAACCUGCGGGCGCUGCCAGCACAAGAUCCUGGGGGAAGUGAUCAAUGCCCUGAAGCAGACCUGGCACAUGAGCUGCUUCCUGUGCGUGUCCUGUCAGAAGCCAAUCGGAAACAGCACCUUCCACCUGGAGGACGGCGAGCCGUACUGCGAGAGAGACUAUUACACCCUGUUCGGCACCAGCUGCCGGGGCUGCGACUUCCCCAUCGAGGCCGGGGACAAGUUCCUGGAGGCCCUGGGGGCCACCUGGCACGACACCUGCUUUGUGUGUACGGUGUGCUGUGCCAGUCUGGAGGGCCAGGCCUUCUUCUCCAAAAACGGCAAGCCACUGUGCAAGAAGCACGCCCACACCGUCAAAAUCUGAGCCCCGCCCCCCCAACCCCCCAA